GUCAGUAUCAGUGAGUUUAUUUUGACUUAAUGGUGAUGAUAAAGGGAAUUCAUGAAUGAGAAAAAGAACGCACUAAACUGCCAAACGCAUGAUUACGGUAACAAAAAGUACCGGUAGGAGGCAUCGAGGAACCGAACGAGACUUGUAAUUAGUUAAUUGAAGAAUCACAUAAUGCAAAUUGGAAAACCUAUAAACAUAGAUUACAUUGCUAAUUUUGGCCUCAAAUUGACUUCCUCUUUAAAGUUGCUUGGUGUAAACAUUCCUGUUGACUUAUCCAAGUUAUUUGAUGUAAAUUUCCCCCAAAUCAUAAACAAGGCAAAAAAUAUUAUUCAAGUAUGGAAAAUGAGGAAUCUUACAUUAUUAGGUAAGGUGUGUAUUAUUAAGACAUUAAUUGCUUCUCUUUUCACUUACAGUUUUACGUAUAUACCCGCUUCUAUACCAGAUAGAUAUAUAAAGUCACUGAAUGCUGCAUUAUAUCAUUUUUUAUGGAACUCCAAUUGGGAACGAGUCAAACGAAAAACAUUAAUUGGUCCAAAAAUGUUGGGUGGGAUUGACAUGAUUGAUGUACAUAGCUUUAUAAUAGCACAAAAAAUUAAGUGGGUGGGAUUUCUAUUAGACGAUGCCAAAGUUUGUAAGUGGAAACUUGUUGAAUUUAAUUAUUUGAAUGAUUUAGAUUUAGCAUCCUUGUUAAAGGGAAAUUUAUUUCGGAACUCUCAUUUUAUCAAAAAUAUUCCAUUUAUCACUAUUAAGGACAUGUUAGUAUACUGGUAUAACUUUAAAAAUAUUGUUACAAAUGUACAUAUACUCAAUCAAUCCAUAUGGUACAAUAGAAAGUUGCAAUACAGUAGAAAACCUUUUUAUAUUUCAACAUGGAAAGAGCAUGGUAUUUCUGAAUUGAAACACUUGAUUUCAAGCAAUACUUUUUAUACUUAUUUCGAGUUAAUUAGUAAAUAUUGCAUGCCAUAUAAUGCUAAUGAUUAUAAAACUUAUUACAAAAUCAUAGGCAGUAUUCCUGAGGAAUGGAAUGAGAUUGCUCAAUCAUGUGAUGACUUUUGUGAUUUUGAUUUUAGUGCAUUCCUUUCAUUCACUACAAAAAACUUCUCAUGUAAAAAUGCAUAUAGAAUAAUGAUUGGAAAAAUAUUUGUCCCACCAGACAUGUACAAAUCCUUUUGGCAGGAAUCUUUUAAUAUCCCUUGUGUGGAAUGGAACAAGUAUUUCACAAACUCAUAUUUAUCAACUAUUGAAACAAAACUUAGAUCUUUUCAAAUUAAAUUUUUUUAUAAAGCUAGAGUUCUGAAUAAUGUUUUAUAUGGAUUCGGACUAGUGGAAACAAACCUCUGUGAAUUCUGUAAAUUACAUAUUGAAACCCUUUUGCAUUUAUUUUAUAAUUGUCCAAUCACCAGUGAAUUUUGGUCUGACAUAGACCAAUGGAUUGUCUUUAAGACCGAUAACUUGAAUUUUAAUCUUGGAAUGAAAGAAUGUUUUAUUGGCUUCGAUGACAUUUCUGAUAUGCAAUUCAUCAACUGUGUGCUGUUAGCUGCACGUUUCUUUAUAUAUAGAUGUCGGAUUCAAAAGCGUAAACCAGUUUUUGAUGUUUUUAAUAAAUUCAUUUCUGAUAUUCGAAACAAUGAGAAAUAUAUCGCAAUGAAAAAUGGUAAAAUCAUGAUACAUAAUACAAAAUGGCGUUUAUUUAUAUAAUCAUUGAUUACUUAGCUUAAACCUGACAACUGUGUUUUUGUUCUAAUUUGUUUAUAGUCUUUAUAUAGCCUAAUAUAUGUUUAAAAGUGUGAGAUUUAGAAAAAGAAAAAAAAAUAAUUCUCUCAUGUUUAUUCUGUAAGAUAAUUUGAUUACAACUGUUAUGUUCAUGUUAUGAAAAAAUACUCUUAUGUCUGUGUUAUUGAGUAAUAUUACUAUUUAUUUAUUUCUAUGUUUUUAUGUAUAAAAUCCAAAAUUAUCUGUGGAAUGGUUAAAGGAAUUUAUUAAUAUUGUUUGCUGCUAUAUAAUGUUUUAUAAUUUAUGAAAAUCCAAAAAAUGCAUGUCCUAUAGAGUGAUCUGAAAUGAUAUUGUUAUUUAUUGUUUUUUUGAUUUUGAGCGAUAUUGUUUAUUGCAAUAUUGUUUUUAUUUAAUAAAAAUCCAAUAAAAAAAUAAAUAAAAAAUAAAAUAAUUGAAGAAUUUCACUCCGCACCUCACCAUGAUACAUUUACUGAUUUAUGUGACUGUUUGUCGGCUACCGGUAUGUCUUUCUUCACCAUUAUGCCAUUAGUCUGAAACAAUAAAUUCUGGUACCUACCGGUAAUUACAGAAUUAGGUAAGGAUUCCAAAUUCUGACAGAUGGUAAGCCACUGGUGUCAGGCAACUUGCCAUGCGGCGGAGGUCAACGGGUUGUUAGCCUACUACAGUACUAAGGAUUCACUUGUCCUACAGGGUUGGGAAAGUACCAUAAUCAUUUUACAUAAAAUAUCGCUGACAUAUAAAUAUGCCGAGUCAUUACCUUUACUGCUGAUUUGUCAAUCCAUUUUUUAAACUUAUUGAUAUACAAAUUUAAUGUUAAUAUAUAGCCUAUUAACAUGAUAAUUGCACUUAGACUACCGGUAUAGGCUAUCAACUAUAUUUUCUUUCCCAUUGCAGUGUUGGGAGAUCAGUAAUUAUAUAAUUUAACAGGUUUUGUUAUUUUCUGCACACUCCCAAUAGUAUGGUUUUAGAGUUCUUGCUACAUCUUUCUGUCUUUACCAUAGUUGUGCCUCUUUAUAUAAUGUUAUAAAUAUAACUUUGUUUUCCAUUUUCUC